UGCAGUCUGCUUAUGAAAAUUAUUCUAACGAUGUACAAAUUAAUUAAUUAUUAUACACUUUUAAUUUAACCCUUGACCAAUUAAUAUUUAUUUUGUGCUUAACACAAUGAAGUACAGUUAGUUGGAAAGAAUGGACCUUUUCGUGAGGGGUGACUUUAAACUGGUUUGUUUAGUUGCCGAGCCGACAAUCGACAUCAUUGGAAGCAUAAGGAGCAAAAUGUAUUCACGUUAGGCUUCCUUAUCAUUUUUAUUUUCUACCUUUACAAUGGAAGAUGUGAAAAGGGAUCCUCCUUUUUCCAACAAGCUAUACAACUGUGAACGUUGUUCAAAUGCCUCAUUCUCAAGUUUACAACUGUUUGUUGAACAUUUGAGAGCCAAGCAUUGCUCGCAAGAAGGGGGCUCCUUUGUCUGCCGUUAUGGUGACAAUGACGUUUGCUCUUCCCUCCCUGUCGAGGGAGUAAAUGACUUGGACUACGAACGUCACGUUCUCAAACACCAUGCAACACACGGCAAAAGUCACUCUAGGAAAUCUUCUACUAGGAGCGAAGUUUCAGGAGAAAGGUGGACAUUACACACAACUGCUCAAAACUUGCCUGCGGUCCUCAACGAUCCAAAACAGGGCAAACAGAAAGAUUUCUUCACUAAAACAUGGGGUGAUAGUUUUGUUGAGGUAGCAGACAUUCCAGAUCCUCGAUACUUGCCUCAUAUAACUUUAGAAAACUUUCAAGCCUACUUGAAAAAGACUGUAAAGAGACAUCGAAAGCACGCCAGACUAAGCAGUGUUGCCCUCAAACCUCAUUCUCAUGCAGAACUGCUUCAAACAUUCCCCAAUCUUAGAGUCUCCCCCAAGUCUAUAGAAAAGAAUCAGUUCGAUAUAAGUGUGAUUCCAAAAAUUUUCCUGGACAGCAACUUUACGCUAAACAACGUAGAGACGUUCAACACAGUGUUUCCACACCUUGGUCAACUGAGGGUGCUACCUCAGUCGUCCUCGCCUCCGCCUCCCUCUGACUCUGCUAAGAUACUGCAAGAGAAGCUAACCCAUUACCUUGAUAUUGUGGAAGUCCAGAUUGCCCAGCAAGUUUCCCAAAAGUCUGAUGCUUUUUUCCUAGCGAUGACAUCACAUGAUACUCUCAUGGAACAGCUUGGCCACACCAUAUCUAUGGUUCGGACACUUAGGGAGAAGAUUAAUAGUAUAGACAGUGUUUUAGUAAAAGACUCAUUAACAUUAAUUAAGUGUGAACGCACACGGAAAAAUUAUCUUCAGGUAUAUAAUAAGUUGAAGCUGAUGUCCACUGUACUGCAGACCCAGCCUACUAUACAACUGCUGCUGUCUGCACCGGACUAUGUGGCUGCGUUGGACCUUAUCUUUACCACUCAGGAGCUGUUGUCUCAGCAUCUGGCUGGUGUACACAGCUUCAGACAUUUAGGUUCGGAACUCAAUGAGAUGGUGAAGGUGAUUGGGACAUUGAUGACUGGAGAGUUUGAACGCUACGCUACGGCCGACCUCAACAGACCUCUACUGGAGUCUGAAGACCAAGUCCUUCAAGGGGACAAGCUGUCUUGUAUAGUGUUAGGCAUGCUGAGGCGAGGCUGUUUUGACUUCAUCGACGCUUACCAACAAGAGACUGUAUCGGCCAUCAAGGCAGCAGUCAAACAAGCAGUCAUUGAGGUGGUUGCUACUAGUGAACUGGCUCAUAGAGUGAGCGGAGACGCAAGUUUAGACGACCAGUUGAAGGCAUUGGCAACGGAAGAAUGGACGCAACUGUUGAAGAAUGCUGCUACUACUCUACGAAGAUUGGUCCGAAGGGUCAAAGAUAUUUUGUUACAGAAAGCCGCAGAAAUAAUGCAACAUGCUGCUGAUGCAAGUGCAGGGAUAUCUGCUGGACAGAACUCUGAAGAGGCCACAAACAGCAUGCCAGUUACAGACUACUUCUUGACCGCUGCAGACCAUGCCAAGGUCAGUCACAAGUUGAAGCAGUUGCUGUCGUCGACGUGCCAGUACACGCAAGAACGUUGCGCGCAACUGCUCUCGUCCAAGUCAUUAAUCUGGCCUGACGAGAAAUGUCCUACCAUCACAACCGAACGAGAUAAGGAGAACAACAGCUCCAAGUCGUCUCAUUGGCUGGCUGAGAAGGCGACAUUGACUCAACUCAGUGAGUUGUAUCAACAUGUUGAGUUGCUCAGCUGUGAGUGUGAGAAUGUGUGUCCCGAGGCACCAGCAUCGUACCUGCGCUCCGCCUUCCGAUCUCAGGCCAAUAGAUUCAUGCAGAGAUUUCAUUUUGAACGGACAACAAAGUUGUCUCUUAUAUUGGACAGUGAAUCUUGGAAACAGACUGAGGUUCCUGUGGAGUUUCAACAACUCUUAGAUCAAAUCUCGGAAACAGGAAAAUUUUCCCAGACCAGGGAUCAGACUGAGGAGAUUUUGGAUAGAAACCGAAAACCUGCCAAUUUUCUGUUUGUGGAAGGGGAAAAAUUUGCUGUAGUUGGUACUGUAUUGAUCCUAGUCAACAUAGUGGCUGAGUAUUGCGUAAGGGCAGAAGACAUGAGCCUAUCAGCAGCCAACCUGUUAGGCUACCUGGCAGAACUCCUGGCGUUGUUUAACUCUCGCAGUUUCAAGCUGGUGCUGGGUGCCGAGGCUGUGUCUGAGAAGACAGGGUUAAAGAAGAUCACAACUGCGAACUUAGCUCUGGUCCUACGAGCACUGCAGCUGCUUCUGUGGCUCAUCCCUCACAUAAGACUGCAUUUCCAGAGUUUGCUGCCGGAGAGUGCCAAAAUGACUCAGCUGGAGACGGUGACUCGCCACAUCAAGACACAUGUGAGAGAUGUGCAAGACAAACUGGUGUCUAUCAUGGAACCUCUGGUGGUUAAUGAGCUGAAACAUUGGGAGGCUCGGCCACCUGUACCCUCCAAGUCAUUCCAGAACAUCUGCAAGAGGCUUAUGAAGCUGCAUGAAGCCAUCGCCAACAUUCUUCCAGAGAACCAGACUCAGGAUCUGUACAGAACCAUCAACUGUGCUUUCAAGGAUACACUGAGAGAUCAGCUGGCUAGAAUGAACAUUGUGAACAACGGCGGGCCUCAGCAUGGGCUGGUGACGCAGGAAUUGACAUUUUACCUUGAGGAUUUGAAGAGAAUCAAAGUUCUUCCUGAAGAAGAGUUGUGUAUCGAAGCCAUGUCUGACAUUUGGCAGCCCAAGUAUAGAUAAACUCGUAUACUCAGUUAUCAGAUGAAGUCGAUACCCAAGUGUUGUGUUCAAAAUGCCACAAGUUUUCGCCUAAAUUUUACCUUUUGUUACCAAUUUUAUUUGUAGUCACAUAGGGGUUUUUGCACCACUUAUUUUGAAUAUGGCUGUGAAUUAAGGAAUGGUUUUUCAUACUUUUUAUUUAGCCUCCGUUAAAAAAAAUUGCGUAAGUCCUUGGAGCCUAGACGUUCUAACUCAUAAAGCAAUUAAAUAACUUUAAAUUAAAUUUCCAAUUUCACAGUGCACUAGAUAUUUAAAUUACAAUCACUUUGGUAUAAAAAAAAUAUUUUGAGAUGGUAAAAUAACUCUUCAGCGGCUGUUUGAAAUUAACAUUGAUCUUAUGGCGGGCAAAUCCAAGAUGGCCGUUGGCUUCCAUGGACUCCCUUGGAAAACAAUUCAAAAUUACAAACAGCAUUUCUAAUCUCACAGUUUACUAGAUAUUUAAACUAUAAUCACUUUGGUAUUUGAAAUAAUAUUUUUGGAUGAUAAUUAACUAUUCAGCAGCUGAUUGAAAUCAUCCAAGAUGGCCGCUAGCCUCCAAGGACUCU